UGACGUGUAACAGUGGAAGUUGUACAGACGAAUGUGAAGGAAAGCAGAGUUUAUGGCCAAGACUGUCGCAUCAUUAUACUUUGUAUAUUAUCUCUUUCAGAGUAUAGGAAUUUGCGAUGCAGCCUGAUAAACUCGUGCACGUGUUUUACAAAAUUGUGCUUGCCUAUGCCUGCUGUAUGUUCCUGCUGGUGUAUUUUACCGUUAUCUCGCCAAGGCACCAUGUUGGUGAAUCAACCAUUCUACUACACGACAGACUAUCGGAUAGGGAAGAUACUCCUGUGAAUGAAUCAGCUCUUCACGAUGGAUCAAUAUGGUUAGCGGGUAAUGACACCGGCAUUCCUUUAUACAGUGAUAGAGUCAUCAACCCACACCUGUUUAAUUUCACGAUUGCCAAUGAGGAUGCGUGUUUCAAAAACACUGAGAAUGGGCAGAUAUUCCUCGUUAUUCUCGUCAAAUGUCGACCGAAUGAGACUUAUGAUCGACAACAAAUUAUGCGAACAUGGGGAGGCGUUACAGAGGUGCUCGGUCGACGGACACUAACGAUGUUUCUGAUUGGUCAGACAGAUGACCCGGUGAUUAAGCAACGUAUUCAAAUCGAAGAUGAUACCCAUCAUUAUUUCAUUCAAGAGGAUUUUCUAGACGCCUACCAGAACAUGACCUACAAGAACAUCAUGGGAUUGAGAUGGGUGACGUUGUUUUGUCCCCAGGCUGAAUACGUAAUGAGCAUCGAUUCGGAUAUGGUCCUGAACAUAGUUCACCUUGUGCGCCGACUUGUAAAGAAGUCUAGGGUGAACUUUGCAGAGGGACAUCUACGCACAGACCCUCUGCCCCACAGACAUAAGUCAUCCAAGUGGUACACGCCCCUGAAGAUGUAUCCCGAACCCACGUACGCGCCAUUUUUAAACGGUGCGUGUUACGUCAUGUCUGGGGAUGUCGCUAUGGCAAUGUACUGGAAGUCAGGCCAUGUGCGUUUUCUACAAUGGGACGAUGUCUUCAUUGGAUUAGUCAUGAGGAAGGUUGGAGUCGAACCCCAGUUGUCGCAUCAAUAUGAACAAUUUGCACCGGUACGAUCCGCGUUAAGACACGGCAUUGCAACUGGUUCAGGACAUAACUGGAAUGGCGUGAAUGAAGAUACUAUUGCAAUUUGGGAUGCUGUGGUGGGCAAAGUAUUACAAAACGGCGACGAUACCAGUAUUGUACUGCUAUAUUGGAUAUACUUUGGGUGUAUUGUUGGUGUUAUGGUCAUGCUUUUAAGUUUUUAUUUGUACUAUUCUUGAAAUGCCUUGAAAUCGGACCAGUAGGCUUAAUGGUAAUUGAACAUCUGCAUGAACAGUCUUGUUUGGCGACGUUCAUUUUGUUUACUUUGCCGAUACCGCAACACACAUAUCUGUCCGCAACAACAUAAACCACUGGACUUAAAGGGGUCCGUAUGACGUAUAUUUUGCAAUAUGGAAAUAAAUGCUGAGAUAAAUUUAAUUCAACUCAAUGGGAAAUGUGUGUUUCCUGGGGGGGAAGUUCAAUAAUCACAACAUCAUGGUGCAUCUAAAUGGCCGCGUGUAACAUAAGGCAAACUACAUGUAACCAGGUCCAGGCAAUCUCCGGGAAGAAAAACCAUUCACAUUUCAUUGUUAACAUAUUUUUGCUUGUUGUCGUAUAGACGAUGUGACCUCACACGUCACUCGAAAACCAUAACAUGAUUCGCGC